CCAUUAUGCGCCACCAGCAGAAAACCCAGAGCCAUAAACAAGCUGCUUUUUCCAGCUGCAAGUCGCCGGUUUAUCAUAAAACUCCAAAGUUCAGUUCAAAGAGGAAGGAAGAAACCGAAAGAGUGAGGAGAGAGAGCGAGGAGGGAUGAAGACAUUUCCUUUGCUUUACCAACCUGUGCUCCCUCACUCAUGUUUUUCUGAUUAUUUUCCCCUGGUAAUAUAGUCUAGCGCGAAGAGGACUUCCUUGCAUAUCCACAUCCAUCAAUGAUGUUUGGAUUUCAACAAAAUGGACUACAGACUAAGAAAAGGAAAUAUUAAGGCUAAAGAAAGAACACAUUUUUUCACCAUUAAGGUCCAUCUGUCAUCAUGGUGUAGCUAUCAAACCCAAACUGAGAAACCCUCUAGAGAAAUCCACAGAAACACUGCCCAUAGCUGUCCAAUGUGACUGGAUCAAGACGUUUACCAUUAUAUCUAAAAUGAUGGAAUCUGGCCUGUUACCUUCCACAGACCCCUCACACCUCAACACCAACAGCUAUGUCAACUAUAGCAACAAAAGCUGGAGUGGCCUCCCUAAUGAUGACACCAUAAGGUACAAUCGCACCCUGACCCUCCACGACCAGUUACACAAUGCCCUGCUGGGGGUCUCGCUGGGGCUCCUAUCUCUCAUCACAGUUAUAAUGAACCUGCUUGUGCUCUAUGCAGUGAAGAGAGAGAAGAGUCUCCAUACUGUGGGAAACCUUUAUAUCGUUAGCCUGUCGGUGGCAGAUCUGAUUGUUGGGACGACAGUCAUGCCUCUCAACUUGGUGUAUUUGUUGGAGGAUGAGUGGAAACUGGGACGGGCUGUGUGCCAGUUUUGGCUCAUUAUGGACUACGUGGCCAGCACUGCCUCAAUUUUCAGCUUGUUUAUCCUGUGUUUGGAUCGGUAUCGCUCUGUCAGGCAGCCGCUGAAAUACCUGAAAUACCGAACACGGGGAAAGGCCAGCGUGAUGAUCUCUGGAGCCUGGCUGCUGUCAAUGAUGUGGAUUAUCCCUAUUUUAGGAUGGAGGUCAUUCACACAUGUAGACCUUAAACCCGAGGAGGAAAACAAGUGUGACACAGACUUCCGGUUUGUCACGUGGUUUAAGGUCAUCACGGCUGUUUUCAACUUCUACGUACCCUCCAUUUUGAUGCUGUGGUUUUACACACAUAUCUACUUGGCAGUGAGGCAGCAUCUAAGAGACAGAGAGAGAAUCAUUCACCCGACAGACUCAUUUGGGGAAAAUGAAAAUGGAGAAACUGCACCAAAUUCAGGCAAAAAUGACUCCAAAUCACCCAAGAAGGAAAGUGAGGUUUUGGGGAAACGAUCAAAAGCAGAACGACUGCUGGACCAAAACACCCUUGACCAGCCAGUUUCCCUUGAAGAUGGCGCAAAAAACAAAACUGAUUCAACUCACAGGGAAAAUAAUGAAAAGUGUAGACGGACAUCACUGCUUGCUGUGACAACAAAACACCUCAGAAUGGCACGCAAGGCUAAAAUGUGCUCUUUGUCUCCAGAGGAGAGGCAGCCAGACACUGAGAUUCCCCUAAGCCAAUCAUCAACGCCUCAGGAGGUGAUUUGCUCAGGUGGAAACAACGACAACAAACCUCAAGCCUCUUUAAAUGAAUGUCAUGUCACUGUACCAAACUCAGUCAGUGGAGUUUGUGAUGCCAGUCAGGUAUCAGAUGUGCAGACAUACACAUCUGUGCUCUACAACAGCUAUGACCCCAGUCAAGCUCUGCCCUGGCCUGAGGAAGGAGCUGGGGAUGCCAAAAUAGAUCCAGAUAACGCAGCUACUCUUAGGCAGGCGUGGCACAGGUUUAUUGACCAAUCACGACACCGUAUUCAAAGUCUGAGGAUCCAUAAGGAGCACAAAGCAGCAAAGCAGUUAGGUUUUAUAAUAGCUGCUUUUUUACUGUGCUGGAUACCGUACUUUAUAGUUUUCAUGGUCAUGGCAUUCUGCAGAGAGUGUGUGCGCCACGAUCUUCACAUGUUUACUAUAUGGUUAGGUUACAUCAACUCCACUUUAAACCCUUUUAUAUACCCGCUCUGCAAUGGAAAUUUCAAACGGGUCUUCAAAAGUAUAAUGAAGAUUAAUUUGUGACAGAGCAAAUAAUUAGACAAAAUCAAAGGUGUCUAAAUGUUGGGAUAUCCCACAGCAGGGGAACAAUGAAAAGUCAUAGAAGGAAGAGGAAACCGGUAUUUAUUUAAGCUGUCAGUUAUUGACCAUAUAUUCUAAAUUUACUGUUGUACACAGAGUUUGACUUGGAGUCAAGUUGAGGAUGAUGUU